AUGCCGUCAGAUAAAAUGUCGACGCUGGUGGCGUCCACCGCCGCAAACUUCCAAAUCGCUCCUGAUGUGCAAGCUGUCUCACGCAUCAGCGACCACAUCCGCAUUCUCAAAGCUGCUCGUGAACUCGAGCGCGACCAGCAAAUGGAACUUCUGCGAGCCCUAUCCCGGAGAACCGAACUCGCAAAGUCAGCAGUUACAUCGCUGUCCUCGCCUUCCAAGAGAAACCACACCGAGCGAAUGCUUGCUCUCGACCGCGAGAAAUUUGCACUUGCUAAAACCAUCAAUGAGCUGGAGUCUGCUUAUCAUUCCAGUGAGACCACUCUGGCUCGGUUAAACAAUGACUUGGAGAAACUGCGAAGCGAAGAUGUUUUGGCGUCUGAGAGUAGUGCUCAGCAGGACUCGACCAUAUUACUCCUCAAGGUCUACAGAUCACUAGGCGUUAGCCUUGAAAGUGACGACAUCGGCGGCUACAGCAAAGCAGUCGUCAGGUCGCAAGAGAGCAACGACAUGCAUGUCCUAAACAUGGACAAGUCCUACUCAAACUUCUUCAUCGCAAAUCACCUCUGGAGUAUGAUGUAA